AUGUCCUCCCCCCUGCCAGCAGGUCGGGUCGUGACCAAUGCCACAGGGUCCUACGCCACCCCCACUUCAGCUCCGACAGCCGAUGACCCGACGCGCGCGGCUCCCGUGCCGGGACACUUCUCCCCCUCGGACAUCAUUCCCGUGGCCGUGUCUUUCCGGCCGCUCUUGUCGCACGAUGACCGGAUCCCCUCCUCCUCGUCGCUGGACCCCCCGUCGGGAGCGGUGACCACGACGCCACUAUCCACCGCCCCCGGGGCCUCGAUCGGCGCCAGUGCCCUCCACGCCUCUCCGCAGGUCAUCCACUCGUCCUCUCCCGGCUCCAGGGUGACCACAGCCACGCACCCCGGGACCCUCGCCCCGGCCCUGCCACAAAUGGACCCCACUGUCCCGACAUCUCCGGGUGUCAUGCCUCAAGCACACCCGACGCCGGUCUUGGUGCACCCGCACCCGGGGCCCGGCUCUCCUCAGGCCGACUCGCCCGGCUACUUCUUCGGCAGCUUGACCACCCUCCCCUCGCUCUUCCCGAUGGACUCGCAACCUCCCACCCCGGGCACCACGCCCCUGCGCCCAGCGCCGACAUCGGACAUCGGCUCACGGAGCACGCCCGGCUUCGGCGGGACUCCUUCGAUGAUGUAUCCGUCGCCGGGUCGGGCGGAAUCCGCCCUGCUAACGGGUGCACCAUCUCCCUACCACCAGCUUCACCUGAGCCGCGGGGGUCACUCUGCUGCCAUCGGCAGCCGCGGCCCGCUGCUCGGCUCACCGUUGCGAUAUUCCACCGAUGAGGCUGCCUCUGUGGCCCGUUCGCCGCCCCCUUCCUCCACCGGUGCCCAAACGCCCAUAGGUCGCCUCCUGCAGCUGAACCAGCAGGCCCAUCUGAGCCCAAACUCCGAGCCGGCCUCCGGCUCGGCUCUCGGCAUGUCUCCAGUUUACCCCCCGGCCUCGGGCCCGGUGGCGGCUCCAAACCCGGGGCCUGCUUCGGCCUCGGCCCCACGUUCAGGCAUGUCUCCAGGCCCGGCUUCGAGCUCGGGCAUGUCGCCGGCCGCGGCUCCGCCCCCAGGCCCCAGGAUGUCCCCGGCUGCCAUGCCGACUGGCAGCCCAAUGCCAGCGUCGGGGACUGGAAUUUCGCCAACCUCCCCGAUUCCGGCCGCGAUGCCCCCUCCAUCCUCGUCGAUCGGCCUGCCAGCACCGGGCUCGGUCGUCCGGCUGACUCGCCUCAAUGAUGGCGAUGGCCGGCCCAGUGUCCCAUCCUCGCCCGCACCGCCGCGUCCCCUGGGCGCGCCACACAGCCCUGGCAACCAGUUUGUCGCCGGUGCCGCAUCUUCCCUCUCGCCUGGACCCACACCGCUACCGCCAUUCACCCGGGGAGGCGCCCCCUCGACGGCUGGCCCGUCCGAUGGCUUCGCCAGUCCCUUUCCUUCAUUUCCGGCCCCGGGCGCUGGGUCGCCAGAGCACCCCCAUCCGGAACUACGCUCGGCUGGGCGUCCCCCGACAGCGCCCGGGCGAGUGACCCACGUCUCGGGUGAUAGGACCCAUAGCAGUAGCACCCACAACGCCAGCACCGGCAAUGACACCGCCAGCGGCAGCAACAGCGCCACCGCCACAGGGACUGUCGCCGGUGGUGCUGGUGGUGAGGGUGGGGGGAGUGCUGUCGGCACAGUGUCGCCCCUUUCCCCGACCGGCAUCAGCCCCGGACAUGGUGCCUCACCCACAGACGCCAGCCCCGGGCCCGGGCCAUAUGCCCGGUCCGCAGCAUCCCAUCCAUACCAAUCGUCGCCGGCAUACCAAGCCCCCUUGCCACAAUCGCCAAAUGGGCCACCCCUGCAUCAGCAAGCAUCACCGAUACACGGUCCGGCUGCGGCUGCGGCUCCGGCCUCGACUCAGGCGCCCACUGUCGGGUCGAAUUUGGCUGCCGCGCCGUCGCCAUCACCUUCGCCAUCGCCAUCACAUGCGCCGACAUCCACUCCGCCGGGCUACAUGUCCCCGACAUACUCCCAUCCAGGUCCAGGGCCGGCCGGUCAAUCGAUCUUCUCCCACCCGCCCUCACCGUACGGCAGUGGACACCAGCAAUCCUACCCGUACCAGCAGCUGUCGGUGCCAGCACCGCCGGCCGUCUCGCCCUCCGAGCCGGGCCCGGCCCCGCGUGCUCCGGGGCACAAUGCGCCACCUUUCCGGCUCAUUCUCCCACCGUCCACCGUUACCGGCGGGACUGCCGCCUCUUCCCUUCCAGGUGGCCCGUCCGGCGCCGGCGCGGCCCCGGUCUCCAGCUCGAGCGCCGUGCUUCUGAUGGGCGCCUCCGCGGCGGCCGCAGCCGGGGCCGGUGGCGGGGACCCCACUACCGGAACGACCUCCACCCGGACCACCUCCCCCUUGUUGAUUGGGCGCGAGCGCGAUGCUUCCGGCAGGCGCAGCACCACGGUCCCGCCCGCCACCGCACCGCGGCGCCCGCGCACGGCGGCCUCCGACGCGGCGGCUCCCUUCCAAACACCAGGACCGACUGCAUCGUCUCUGCGUGCUGGCACCUUGCCCGGGUUGCCCACACGUCCGGCCUCCUCAACCUCGCACACAUACCAACCUCCCUCGUACCUGCCACAAGCUUCCUUCCAUUCGGCGACGUCCGUCACUGGUGGCCAUCCGUAUGGGCAGUACUCGCCCUUCCAUGGGGCUCCGAUGCAGCAAGCGUCCUUGAGUGCUUCGCCUGCAAUGGCAGCCGGCGCCGGCGUCGGCAACCCCAGCGGCGGUGGUGCCACUGUCCCUGGACAAUCGGCCUCGGCACUGCUGCAACUGUCGGCAUUCGAUGCAAAUGCCAAUGCCGGGGCCACCCCGGAGGCGGCGCUCGCCACCACCGAGUCCAUCCUCUCGGCGACGGCCGCCGAUCUGACGGUCGGGCAUUUCGCACCCGGCAAUGUCGACGCACCUUCGGGCACCAGUGUGCGGAGUUUGCUGCCCCCGAUGAUGCCGGCCACAAGUGCCGGGGCCGGGUCCCUGUUGAAUCCCCUUCCCCCGGUUCCCGGGACCGCGGAGCGCAAGCCGCUGGCCGUCUUUGUUCCCCGGCCCGGGGCAGUGGGCAAGUUGACCGGGCGUCGGUAUUUCGUGGCCGAGGCAUCUUCCACCUUCCACACGGCGGCCAUUUUGUUGAAUGAUGCUCUUCGCUCGCUCCAGGCCAAUCUCGAGAGCGCCACCGAUCCCGAUAUCAUCCGUGGCCAUCUGGAAUCACCGGUGGCCAAUCCGGUGGCGCAGGCGCUUGCCGGUGCUGAUGGCGAUCAGUUGGCCGAGUUCGUCCGGUCCUCCGUUCGGGCCCUUGGCGGUUCGGUGGAUCCCUUUUUCUCGCACGAGGUCACCCACUUGAUCAGUAAUCCCUGUGCGGCGGCGGCCUCCCUGGCCGCCCAGACACAUCAUCGGUCGUUGCCCGGUACGCCGGAAUUCAACACCGGCCCCGGGGGCGUGCACUCACCAACCGGUCGACUGAGCACCCCGGGAGGCACUAGCAGCCACAAUGCCGCCCUGUAUCACACUCGCAAUCGUGUGCGGGUGACAAGUCCGGCUGCUGGAAUUGUCAGCCCGGCCUCGUCGGCUGCGGCGGCAGCCGCCGCCGCCGCCGCCGCCGGUGCUGGCCUUGGACAGCAGGGAUCUCCGUCCGGCACUCCGCUGGCCAUCAGCCAGGUGAAUCAGCCGCCGCAGCUGCCUGGUAGCGCGCGCGUGCGGCUGACUGCACACGCGGGAAAUCUCCCCCCCGGCGCGGCCGGACAGUAUACCUCCGCCAUCGCGACCCCUUCAUUUGGCAAUUUGGCGCCCACGCCCCCGAGCCGGGCCUCCGGCCUGGCAUUCGAGUCCUCCAGUGCCCAGUCGGUGUACUCGCCGCCGGGACUUGCCGGGGGCACACCGGCCGCCUCGCCGCCGGCCGGGCUCGCUGUGACGGCCUCUUCACGCUCGCGGUCACAGCAUGUCAGAUCCUACCGGCCGCUCACCCCCAACGAGGCCGGCUGCCUGAAGGUGGCCAUGGAGUUUGGCAUCCGGAUCUGGACCAUCGAGAAGCUCCUCAACCUCCUGACACCGCUGAUGAUGGUCGAGCCAGGGUCAGGUGCUCCCUCUGGCCCUUCGUCCCGGGUGGCGGCCUCGGUGGCUGCGGCCACGCAACGCAUUAGCAUGCGCGCGCCGGCCGUGCUUUCUGGCCCGCAGUCGCCGACCGCCGCUGUGGCCGCCGUCGCAGCCGCUCUCCCUCCGACGGUUCCCGUGCUGAAGCGUUCCUCUCGAGCCUCCAAGCAGACACGCUCUUUCAUCCCGAUUCAGCACCCCUCCAUCCUGAUCGAAGAUGCGCAGCAGCAAUUCCGGCCGCUGUACAAGGUGUUUACCGGCGGCCUGGGCGUCGGCAGCGGCAACAGCAGCAGCCAGCGCUCCCCCUCCACCUCGGUGCCAAUUCUUUACCUCUUCCCGAGUGAGAGCAGCCUCUGCCCCUUCGUCAUGCUCACAGCGCCGCAGCUCGAGGCGGCGGCCAAGUUGCGCUUCCAGAAUCGCAAGCCUGCUCCCCGGCAGCCCGUGGGGCAGCGUCGUGACCGGAAGAGCGUCUCCAGACUUCAACGCCAGGAGAAUGACCGGAAUUACCAGCGGUUCCUGGCUCUCUCAACCGCAGAUCGAAUUCAGGCCGCGCGGAAGCUCGGCCCCGCCCAGGGAUAUUGUGAAUGCUGUCAGCGUGCCUUCUCCGAUGUCGAGCGGCAUUUCGCCAACAAUGAGCAUCGGCGCUUUGCCCGAAACAACAACAACUACACGGAGAUUGAUCGGAUGUUCCAGUUUCUGGCCCAGCGUCAGGCAGUUGGCUUUGCACAGCCACCCAUGAUCGAGGUGCCCAAUUACCCGGCAACCCCGCCACCAAGCUCGCCGACCGCCGACCGCGCUCGGGCCCCGGCCGACGGGCCGCACUCCCACCAACCGAAGGCUCCCGCAGCCGGGAGUACCUUGUCCACCGACAAGCAGCCGAUGCCGAAUGGGGGCACGGUCCCGGGGCUGGCCGCCGAGUCGAUAUCCGAACUGGCGGCCGAUUCCGGGGCCAAGAAGCCCCGGGCCUCGCGACCGAAGGCCACCAGCACGCGGUCGCGCGCCGCUCCGCCCCCCCAGGGCGAGCAGUUGCCGCCUCACUCGCAAGCGCCCCAAGAAACCAUGGCGAAGGCCGAGCUGGUCAGUCAGCCCCCAGUAGCCAAGCGCUCCCGGUCUUCAAGCUCCCUGUCUGUCAGUGGCCUGCCCCUGCCGCCGCGUCCGCCCGGCGGGGCGAAUGUCGGUCUUUCCACGCCGGACGCCUCGGCCACCCUGACCCCUGCGGCCUUCGGUCCCGGGGGCGGGACACCGGGGCUCUCCUCGCCGAUGGCCUCAGCCCCCGGGGCCGGAGCCGGCCAUCAUGGUCACCACACAAGUGCCGAUCGCUCUUCACAGGCAACCAUCCGGCCGCCCUCCUCGAUGUCCACUUCCACUUUGGCGCAUGGGCCCCUGUCCACGGCCAGCCAGCCCAUCGGUGGUGGGGCUGACCGUGGGCCUGGUCCCUCGUCGCCCGGGGUGGUGGACCUGUCCGGGCGUCCGGUGGCCGCGGCCCUGGCCUCCCAGUCCAUGUCCAACCUCUUUGACUUUGCCGGGCGGGUGUCCAGCAUGCCUGCCGGCGAGAUGGGUAGCCCGGCCACCGCCGGUGCCUCACGUGGCCCGGCCCCCUUCGGGCCGGGGGCUUCGGCUGAGUCGACCACGGCCGAGUCGCCCGUUCCCCAUGGGCCUCCGGGGAAGUCGCCCUUCACCGGGGCGCGGCCCUCUUCGGCCUCGGCCCCCGGGCCGGCGCCCGGCGUUCCGGCCACGGCACAUGGCCAGCCAGCACACCCGUCACCCCUGUCCGGGUAUUACCAGUCACCUCAAGGUGGAGCGGCUACAACGCCGGCCGGUCCGCCGCCGCCGCCGACGACGACGACAGCCACCCCGCAUCAUCAGUCGCUCUUGCAUCAUCCCCAGAUGGAGCAUGCGCCGUCCCUCACCGGGGGCGGUCUGCUGCACCUGCUGUCCCCGGCUCCCCCUGGGCAGGACACCGCUCUGGGCAUGCUGGCGGGCGGCUCGCCCGGCGUAUAUACCAGCACCCCGGUGCAUCCCGGCACCGGAGAGCUCCGGACCCCGGCUCCCCCGCAGCUGCCAGUCACCUCGUCGGACAUGAUCUCGCCCUUCCACAACUAUGGGCCCUUCGCACAUCUGUACCCUCACCUGUCUGGGUUUGGCGGGUCGUCGGGUGCUGCCGCUGCCGCGGCGAUGGCAGCUGCCGCCGCGGCAACGGCAGCUGCCACCACUGCAGUCAUGAACACCACCACCGGGUCGCCCCUCCCCGGGGCCAGGCCUCCGUCGUCCGGUGCUGGCAACAUGACCUGGGCGCAUUACCCCCUGUAUCAUCAGCAUCUUUCGCCGGCCACGGUGUCCGGGCCGCUGUUCUCCCCGUCCCCCGUGGCUCCAUCCUACUCGCCGCUCACCUUUCAGCGUGUCUUCUACCAGGCCCUAGAGCCGGUAGAUCCACAGGCGGUGGCGGCCGUGGCAGCUGCGACCGCCGCGGCAGCCUCGGUCUCCCCUGGUCCUGGGGCCCUUUCACCGGCCGGCUCGAUGGCGCGAAGCCCUUCCCCUGCCGGCUCUUCACUUCUGUGGCGCCAGCAGCAGCAGCAGCGACAGCAGCAGCGACAGCAGCAACAGCAGCAACAGCAACAGCAACAACAACAGCAGCAGCAGCAACAGCAACAACAACAGCAGCAACAACAGCAGCAGCAACAGCAACAGCAGCAGCAGCAGCAGCAGCAGCAGCAACACCGCUUCCACUACCAGCCCCCGCCCUCGGUGGCGCACUUUUAUCCCCAUCCGACACAGCUGCCGACGCUGCUGGCACAACAGCAGCAGCACCAACACCCGCAAGUGCAACUGUACCAGCAGCCAUCGGCACCGGCGCCGGCGCCGCUCUCACCACACCCAUCCCAGCAUUUUGCGCCAUCGCCGCACCAGUAUCACUCCUCGCACUCGGGGCCAGCGCCGCACCAGUCGCCCGGACACCCGAGCUGGAGCGGCGACCCGAACCACCACCAUCCCCCUCAGCGUGAUAGCCGGUAA